GUCACUGCUUCGUUAUUCAAAGGACCAAACAUUAGAAACGGCUGCUGAAGUGACAGGACAUGGACCACAGGAGUGUGUGUGUCCUCGUGGUGUUUUGGAGCCUCUGCCUCUGUGCUCAGGGUGUUGUGAUAAAAGCACAGCCUGGUCAGAAUGUGUCCAUUCAUUGUGAACUCAACGAUUCAGAAAUCUACUGGUUUGUUGAACAUGAAGGGCAGCCCCUGCUGGCAGUAGUGCGCACCGUUGACAGUAUGCCUAUAUAUUCUAAUGGAUUUGGAGAGAGGCAUGUCAUCAGAGGAGACAACUCUUUAUGGAUUCUUAAUGUGACCUCUGCAGAUUCGGCUCACUACCACUGCACUGGAAGACAGGAGGGGACUUUCAUCUUCAGCUUGCCAAUUUAUUUGCACCUAAUGGGAGACCAGACACCCACUGCCACUGAAGGAGACCAGAUGCCCACUGCCACUGAAGAUGAAGUGCCAUCAAAGUGCUCAGUGUAUCCAUGGCUCUCCGUCGUUUUGGGAAUCCUGCUUUUCACUGUGAUUGGCUUAUACGUUUACACUUGGCUCAAACUAAAAGAAAGCAAAAGGCAAACAUCAGUGGAAAGGACCCCGAGGAAUGACGCAGGAGACCCUGAAAUGGGAGCCCCAGAAAAUGACACAGGAGGAGUUUACCAGGAGAUGACACAGAGGGACAAUGCUGUUUAUAGUGUCUGCCAGCCAAAGCUAUCACUUUGAACACCGUAGAAAGUGGGGUGAUGGCCCCCAAAGUAUGGGGUCACUCUGGAAUAGUGAAUAAAAUGACAUGAAGUACCCAGGAGUGCAGCAGUGACCAUCCCUCUUGUUGGCUAGCUCUGAUGUGGACAUCAAUCUUCAGGAAUCACUGCGCACCUCUCAUUUUCCCUAUAGACUGGUCAAACUGGUCAAAGGUCUGAACUUCCAUUAUGCUUAGUUAUGAAAGGAAGGAACUCAGCUUGUCAAAUAAUGCAGAGACAGAGAAUGACAAAGAGGCUGCCCAGCUCUUUAGAUGUUGAAAUGAGGAGCUCAAGGUGGAUGUUUGAAGAUAAUCCUGGAAUGACGGUCUUCGUACUUUGAAUAAGUGGGACCAGGCAGGCAGUGUCCACUGAUUAGCGAAUCUUCAGCCAAGGUAGAGACUCACACUUAUAGACAACUGAGUUUGCAUAACAGUGUUGGCUUAAUUGUUUACAUACCACCUGACAUUGACUCUGAUUGGUGCAUUAGCUAUGGCAUUUACUCUGAUUGAUUAAAACACAUGAGACAUUUUAGCAAGGAGCACAGCCAGCUUACACACCCAAAAUAAAAGUCUCACCCCACUAUAUUCUUGUCUGUUUCAAUCCCCCUUAAUUUCAGCUCUUACCCUCUUAUGAAAUUUCUGUGUAAGUGACAACUUUCAAGUCUUGUUAUGUACUUGACAUCUGCCAGUUUCUAAAACCACCACCUGUAACGCUCUGUCUCUUUACGUAACCCUUUCCAUUUAAUGCUAUUUCUAAGACAAAAGUAAUAUACUUCUUUUGAAUAUGGACUACAUACCAAAAUAAAAACUAAGCAGGA